GUACUUAACAGUGCUUAGGACCGGCCAUCACGACAUUCGUCGACAUAAAGGUUACUCUUCUUUAAUCAACUUGGAAGAUCGUUAAAACAAUGACAACAGCUGCAUUGCAGAUAUCCAAGAAAGGUGGCUUGGUUUAUGACAGCUGUUGGUUCAAAGAUGGACGCUUACAUAAGAUAAUUAAUCAGUGCAACUCCCCACCCAAGCUUUCCGCGGGAGUUUCAAAUUCAGGAUAUCAACAAAUCGAGGGCUGUUCUUUAAGACCUCAGGAAUCGAACCCAUCAGAUUCUUGUCAGCAUUCUACAACAUCUUUGUACAAAAAUACCAGACAUGAUGUCCCCGAAGAAAAGGCAACAAAUGAUGUCAUGACAGUCAAACGAGAACAACAAAUGUUGAGAACAAGUGUAAUCAACAGUUUUCAGAGCUCAGGCACACCUGAUCCAAGUGCAUUAGUAGAAGUAUCUAUUCUUGAAUGUCAGCAACACUGGAAAACAGAGUUAAAGGUAAAUUUAUACAUUUGA